AUGUCUAAUCAAGUCACACGAUUUGUAUCUGGAUUAAAGUCCCGAAAUGUCGACAUACAAACUAAAACGGCUCGGGAGCUUUAUCAUUAUGCAAAAACAGAACUCCGUGAAGUACCGCAAGAAGAACUUACACAGUUCCUUGAUGAAUUCAACCACCAAAUUAUUGAAAUGGUUUCAAGUAAUGAUGUUCAUGAAAAAAAAGGCGGGGUAUUGGCUAUCGUAUGUCUCAUAGGUGGUGACUGUGACACAACAAAAACCCGGAUAACAAGAUUUGCAAAUUAUUUAAGAAAUUUGCUUCCUUCCUCUGAUGCUGGUGUUAUGGAACUAGCAGCUAAGACAGUAGGUCGCUUGGCUACCGUGUCUGGAGUCAAAAGAGCCGAAUAUGUUGAAUUUGAAGUAAAGAGAGCAUUUGAGUGGUUGUCAGAGGAAAGAAGUGAGGGCAGGCGACAUUCAGCCGUUUUAUUGCUUAAAGAAUUGGCUAUAGCUAUGCCAACCUAUUUCUAUCAACAAGUUUCUGGUUUCUUUGAUCAUAUAUUGGUUGCGUUAAAAGAUCCAAAGCAACAAAUCAGAGAAGCAGCUGCUAAGGCGUUAAGAGCUGGACUAGUGGUUACUGCUCAAAGGGAAGCAGCAAAGCAGUCUACUGCAAAACCACAGUGGUACUUACAAUGUUAUGAAGAGGCUAUGGUGUCAUUUGAGGAUAUUCCCAAAGAGAAAGGUAUCACUAAAGAAGAUAAAGUGCAUGGAGGUCUUCUUAUUCUUAAUGAACUUUUGAGGUGUUCCAAUGCUGCUUGGGAGAAAAAGUAUACACAAUUAAUGCAGAGCUUGGACACACAGAGAGAUAUAACAGUUUCUGAUGAUAUAAUAUUCAUAAGCUCUAAGUUGCAUAGUCCUUCAGUAAAGAGGGGCUACCUGUGUGAUGGUUUUAAGACUGAAAAUGUGCAAUAUCCAGUACCUAUUUAUGAAUCUGAUGUAUGUAGAAAACUAUUAAAUGAAGAAUAUGACCGAAUUUGUAAAGAUGUGAUGAACCAGAGAUUUCUAAAAACCCAAGGAGUUCCCCAAAUACUCCUUAGUAUAAUUCCGCGACUAGCCGCUUUUAAUAAAGAAAUUUUUAUGAAGAAAUAUCUUAAUUCUACUAUGAGUUAUUUAUUAACGUCGCUUCGUAGCAGAGAAAAAGAUAAAAAUAUGGCCUUCACAACAUUAGGUUUAAUGGCAGUAGCUAUUGAAGGCGAUAUUAAAAACUAUAUUCGUACCAUAAUGGAUUUUAUAAAGCAAGCAUUACCAAUCAGAGAUUCACAAAGUAAGAAAAGAAUGUGGAUUGAUCCAUCUAUUUUCGCGUGUAUUACCUUACUAGGAAGCGCUGUAAAGGAUUUAGUAGUCAGUGAUAUUAAAGAACUUUUGGAUGCAAUGUUUGCAACAGGUCUUAGUCCAUCACUGACAGUAUGUCUCAAAGAAUUGAGCCAAAACCUUCCACCGCUAAGAGAAGAAAUAUCAGAAGGUUUGCUAAACAUGCUCUCGCUAGUUUUGAGGAAUAAACCUUUCCUACACCCAGGUGUUCCAAGAAGCAUGGAACAACAAAGUACCUUGAGUCUAGUCAUCGAACCGCAAGAUACUGCAAGUAUUGUUCUGGCGUUACGAACGUUAGGUACUUUUCAAUUUGAAGGUCAACACAGCUUGCUUACUUUUGUAAGGCGAUGUGCCGAUCACUUCUUGCAAAGCGACCAACAAGAAAUCAGAUUAGAGGCAGUAAAAACCGCUGCGAAAUUAUUGGCAGAUGCCACUCUGAGGACUAUGAAAAACCCUUCUCGAACACUCACUAUGCUAACUGCCGAAGUUGUUGGGAAAAUGCUAGUGGUGUCUGUUACCGAUUCAGAUUAUGAAGUGCGCUAUUGGGUCUUAGAAUCUUUGACGGCUGUAUUUGACACACACUUAGCACAGAUAGAGAAUUUAAGCUUCCUUUUUAUAGCUAUGAAUGAUGAACAUUUGGAAAUACGUGAAUUAGCUAUUUGCACUAUAGGACGUCUAAGUACCGUAAAUCCCGCUUAUAUUAUGCCAGGUCUUAGGAAGACAUUAAUUCAGUUUUUGACAGAGUUGGAACAUUCUGGAAUGAGUAGAAAUAAAGAACAAGCAGCUAGAAUGCUUGAUAAUCUCAUUUUGCAUGCUCCAAAACUAGUUAAGCCAUAUAUGGAAACAAUACUGAAUGUUUUAGUGCCAAAACUCAAAGAGUCCGACUCAAAUCCAGGUGUUGUUAUUAGCGUUUUAAAAACUAUUGGAGACUUAGCUGAUGUGCAUGGAGAUAAUAGUGGUCUGAAGAAAUGUCUGCCUGAGCUCUUAAGCAUUCUUUUAGAACUGUUGUCUGAUGCUAGUGCAACUGAAAAGAGGAGCGUUGCUUUAUGGGCGUUUGGUCAAUUGAUCAGCGCCACCGGUUACGUAGUCACCCCCUAUACCGAAUACCCUAAUCUAAUGGAUGUACUUUUAAACUUCCUUAAAACAGAACAACAGCCGAAAGACAGGAGAGAGACCAUACGCGUUUUAGGGCUCCUAGGAGCUCUUGAUCCAUAUAAACACAAGCUGACGCGCGGUCUAAUUGAUGGACAACCUGAUUCUGGUCUAGUUUUAGUCCCAGUUGCGGACAGUAAAGCUGAGGAGAAUAACUUCGAUAUGACUACGAGUGAAAUGUUAGUGAAUAUGUCGUCUCCUGUCUUAGACGAGUACUAUCCUGCAAUUGUUAUAUCUACAUUGAUGCGGAUACUUCGUGAUCCGACCCUACAACAGCAUCACACGAGUGUGGUACAAGCUGUCUUUUUUAUAUUCCAGUCAUUGGGCAUUAAAUGUGUCCCGUAUAUCUCCCGAGUAACUCCAAGUCUCCUGUAUGUGGCUCGGGCAACUGAUAAUAAUAACUUCCGAGAGUUCUUAUUCACGCAACUUGCAAAACUUAUAGCGAUCGUGAAGCAACAUAUUCGGAACUAUCUUGACAAAAUAUUUGAUCUUAUUAAGGAAUUUUGGACUCCAAACAGUCCUUUACAGCCUACAUUGAUAUUGUUAGUAGAGCAUAUUGCGAUAGCGCUCGGAUCUGAAUUCAAAGUUUAUUUGCCUCAACUAAUGCCACAUAUACUACGCGUACUUGCACAUGACACGAGUAAAGACAGAUUUGUUACAGAAAAACUCCUUUAUGCAUUGCAAAAAUUCGAAGAUAAUUUAGAUGAUUAUAUGCACUUAAUUAUUCCAUCAAUAGUGAAGCUAUUUGAUGCGACGGAUUGUCCUAUACCAGUGGCUAAAGUAGCUAUGGAGACAGUUGACUAUCUUUCGGAUUCUUUGAAUUACAGCGAACUAGUUUCUAGAAUAAUCCAUCCCCUUGUUAGAAGUUUGGAUACAUGUUAUGCUUUACGCACAACUGCGAUGGACACGUUGUGUGCUCUAAUAAUACAACUUGGCCGUAAAUACAUGGACUUCAUACCUUUGGUACAGAAAGUCAUUGUAAAACACAGAAUCACGCACCAGAACUAUGAGUUACUGCUUUCAAAGUUACAAGCAACUUCUACAUUUGGUGUAGAUGACUUUUUACAGAGCACUCGACGCAAGCCGCGGAAUAAUAAUCAAGAGGCCCGCAUAGUGAUCGCGGAUUCGUCGCAGUCGAUACGCAAGUUGUACGUCAACGCACACAACCUGAAGGUUGCGUGGACGGUCAGCAGCCGCGUCUCCAAGGACGACUGGUUGGAAUGGCUGCGCCGUUUUAGUAUCGGUCUUCUUACAGAAUCUCAUAGCCCUGCUUUGAGAGCAUGCCUGACCCUGGCGCACAACUAUUCGCAACUGCUGCGCGACCUGUUCAACGCGGCGUUCGUGUCGUGCUGGACGGAGCUAGAGGACGCGUGGCGCGCGGAGCUGGCGGGUGCGCUGGAGCAGGCGCUGACGGCGCCCGACGCGCCCGAGUUGGCACACACAGUGCUCAACCUGGCCGAGUUCCUGGAGCACUGCGAGGGCGGCGCGCUGCCCGUGUCCGCGCAACUCCUGGGCGAGCGUGCCAUGCACUGCCGCGCCUACGCCAAGGCGCUGCACUACAAGGAAGAAGAAUUUCGAAAUGGCGCUACAUCUCAAGUAGUCGAAGCGCUAAUACACAUAAAUAAUAAACUACAACAAAAAGAAGCUGCUGUAGGAUUACUAGAAAGAGUGAUGGCGCAGCGAGAAGCAGGCGACGCUAACUUAAAAGUUCAAAUACGGUGGUACGAGAAAUUACACAACUGGGAAAAGGCCUUGAAUUUAUACGACGAAAAACUAUCAGUGGACCCAGAUAAUAAAGAUGCGUACCUGGGAGAACUGCGAUGUUUCGAAGCAUUGGGAGAAUGGGUCAAACUGUACAAGGCAGUCUCCAAACGUUGGCCCAAAAUGAGCGAUGAAGAGAAAUUCAAAACUGCAAGAUUGGCUGCCGCCGCUGCCUGGGGUAUGAAUGAAUGGGAUUCCAUGACCAAUUACGUCAACUUCCUACCAGAAAACACCCAAGAUGGUGCCUUCUACAGAGCAGUUUUAAACAUACAUAAAGGUGAUUAUAAUGUAUCGAAAUUAUAUAUUGAUCAAGCACGUUCAUUGCUAGACUCAGAAUUGACAGCCGUGGCUGGCGAAAGCUACCAGCGAGCGUAUGGUGCGUUAGUGAACGCUCAGUUGUUGGCUGAGUUGGAAGAAGUGAUAACAUACAAGUUGGUUCAUGAGAGAAGAGAGUCUAUUAGACAAGCAUGGUGGACUAGGCUACAAGGGGGCCAGAGAUCGGUUGAAGACUGGCGCAAGAUACUCCAAGUGCGAAGCCUUGUAUUGACGCCUCAAGAAGAUAUGGCUACAUGGCUUAAAUUUGCUUCGCUUUGCAGGAAAAGUGGUGCUCCACGACAAGCUCAUAGAACAUUGGUUAUGUUGUUGGGUAUAGAUCCGAGCAAAAAUCGUGACCUACCACUACCAACUCAUGAACCGCGGUUGACUCUCGCCUAUGCCAAACAUUUGUGGGUAGCCGGUGAUAAAAAGUUGGCGUACGACCAACUGCAACGAUACGUAGACACGGUCGACACAGAUGAUGCGGAACAUUGCAGACUUCUAGCUCGCUGUCAUUUAAAACUAGGGUCUUGGUGCGAAUCUCUGUUAGGUAUCAACGAGCUCUCUAUUCCAGAAAUACUUCGUAACUAUGCAACAGCGGCGGCACUAUCGUCCGAUUGGUACAAAGCAUGGCAUGCUUGGGCAUAUAUGAAUUUCGAAACGGUGUUGUUUUACAAGCAUCAAGAAACAAAUAAUGACAACUCUGCAAACAAGAAACCCGCGCCCGAGUUUAUUCAACAGCAUACAGUUCCAGCUGUGGAAGGAUUUUUCAAAUCAAUCAAUCUUUCUCACGGCAGUUCGUUACAAGAUACCUUAAGAUUGUUAACAUUAUGGUUUGAUUACGGCCAGCAUCCUGCUGUACAUGAAGCCUUAGUUGAAGGCAUCGGGACUAUUGAAAUAAACGUCUGGCUUCAAGUAAUACCCCAACUAAUUGCCAGGAUUGAUACUCCAAGGGCUUUGGUGGGAAAAUUAAUACACUCUCUCCUAAUCGACAUAGGAAAGUCACACCCUCAAGCCCUAGUCUAUCCUCUCACAGUGGCUUCGAAGUCUUCUUUUGUAGCACGAAAGAAUGCUGCAAACCAGAUUCUAAAGUCUAUGUGUACUCAUUCAAGCAAUUUAGUGAAUCAGGCUGCUAUGAUCUCUGAGGAGCUUAUCAGAGUCGCGAUACUGUGGCAUGAGCAAUGGCACGAGGCACUAGAAGAAGCUUCCAGACUGUACUUCAGUGAACACGACGUUAAAGCAAUGUUUAAAACUCUCGAACCGUUGCAUGCGAUGUUGGAAUUGGGUCCACAGACAAUGAAAGAAGCGUCCUUCAGCCAAGCAUAUGGAAGGGACUUAAAUGAGGCACAAGAGUGGUGCAACCGCUAUAAGGAGUCUGGACAGGUGCGCGACCUGAAUCAGGCUUGGGACCUGUACUAUCACGUGUUCCGGCGCAUCAGCCGGCAGCUGCCGCAGCUGACGUCGCUGGAGCUGCAGUACGUGAGCCCGCGCCUGCUGGCCUGUCGCGAGCUGCAGCUGGCCGUGCCCGGCUCCUACGUGCCCGACGCAGACCUCAUCCGCAUCGCACACAUACAGAGCAGCCUGCAGGUUAUAACAUCAAAGCAAAGACCGCGCCGCCUCUGUAUCCGUGGCUCCAACGGCAAAGACUACAUGUUCCUUCUAAAGGGCCACGAGGACUUGCGACAAGACGAAAGAGUCAUGCAGCUGUUUGGCCUGGUGAACACCCUGCUCCAAGCAGACCCGGACACCUUCCGUCGAGACCUCGCUAUACAACGAUAUGCCGUCAUACCGCUCUCUACUAACUCUGGACUCAUUGGCUGGGUUCCUCACUGUGACACUCUGCAUUCGUUAAUACGAGACUACAGGGAGAAACGCAAAUGCCUACUCAACAUUGAGCACAGAAUAAUGCAGAGGAUGGCUUCUGAUCUAGAGAAACUAAUGCUUAUGCAAAAGGUGGAAGUUUUUGAACAUGCAUUGGAGCACACAGCCGGCGACGACUUAGCCAAGUUACUUUGGCUAAAGAGUCCUUCUUCAGAAGUUUGGUUUGAGCGACGAACGAACUACACACGCUCGUUAGCAGUCAUGAGUAUGGUCGGGUACAUCCUGGGUUUGGGAGACCGCCACCCGUCCAAUAUCAUGCUGGACAGAGUCACCGGGAAGUUCCUUCACAUAGAUUUCGGAGACUGCUUCGAAGUAGCCGUCACUCGCGACAAGUUCCCGGAGAAAAUACCUUUCCGUUUGACACGGAUGCUCAUCAAUGCUAUGGAGGUAACUGGCAUCGAAGGUACAUAUCGUCGCACCUGCGAGUCCGUAAUGGAAGUGCUCCACAGGCACAAGGAUAGCGUGAUGGCCGUGCUCGAAGCGUUCGUAUACGAUCCACUUCUCAACUGGAGACUCAUAGACGCCGACCGUCGAUCGAGAGGUGAUGCGGAGAAUUCGGAAGCUUCCUCUUCACCACUUACCAGCAAAAGCAGACCGCAGAUAGGGGGAAACGAUACACUUGACCAACCAGCGGAAACUAACCUGAACAAGCGGGCCCUGGUCAUCGUGAAUAGGGUAAGGGACAAACUGACUGGACGCGACUUCACCCAUAUCGAUGAUCUGUCUUGCGUGUCAGUGCAGAAGCAAGUUGACUUGCUGAUUCAACAGGCCACCAGCAACGAGAACCUGUGCCAGUGCUAUGUUGGCUGGUGUCCAUUUUGGUAA